UCUCGGUAGCUUCGGUAAAAAUACUCCGAGGAACAUUAUUUGGCAAAGAAGAGUAAACCGUACAAUAUUUUCCAUUCGAUUAACUCAAGUGAAUUUCUGAACAGCUGGACAACAUACAAGUUUGUUAUUUUACUAAGCUCCCCGGAAAAGAAUAUUAUCGCAGAAUGGAGUGGUAUGCCCUGGUGUUGGUACUGAGUUUGGUAUCUUCAGCACAAGCAGAUUGUUCUUCCCAGUGUGUGAUCUGCGCUCAAGAGAAUUCUAACGUAGAUAUUCCAGUCAACAGCAUGACUUGCACUUUAGAGUGUGAAGGUGUUUUUUCAUCCACCGUAGAAUUAGACAAAUGCGAGAAAUCUCUGCAGUUACAUGUUGAUGGUUAUAAUGGAUUCGCUAACGAAGAAGGAAAAGCGCAGAACAGCGUAGAGGAAGGACUCGAGUCGUCAGCUGGCAACCUGGUGAAGCGAUAUGGUGGAUUCAUCAAAAGAAUUGAUAAAAACAAAAUAUUCAAUUAUCCAUCACGUGAAAAUGCUCAACUCAAGGGCUUACUCGCCAAGAAAUACGGAAGUCUGUCACGAAAAUUUGGGGAAAGAGAUGCACCGGAACUUUCUCAGGACGUCCAACGUGGUGGAGAUUCAACCAUAGAAAACGAUAUGGAGAUCUACAGCGACGACGCGCCUAUCAAUGAGGUUAAGCGAUACGGGGGAUUUUUAAGGAAAUUAGUCCCCAAACGAAGCGAGUCUGGAGAAGAAAAUGACCAAGAAGGUUUACAAAAGAGGUACGGAGGCUUUAUGCGCAGGAUCCGACCAAAACUGAAGUGGGAAAACCAGAAAAGGUACGGAGGUUUCCUUAGGCGUCAUUUCAAAAUAUCAGUGCGAUCAGAAGAGGAGCCCAGCUCUUAUGAUGGCUUUGACCUAUAG